CUUGACGAAGAUGAAAAGAGAUCUGAAUCCUAUUCAUUAACAAAAAAACAGCACAACAUUAUCUAAAAAAACGUGAGUAACGUAGAACUUAGGACAUAUUUACCUUGUUUCAUGCUUCAAAUAAUUUAGGUUUCGCACUCUAAUAUUGAUAAUUUAGAUACUUAAUGCGCGUUAUUGAAUACUAUUGAUUUUAACAAGCAUCGUUCGGCUAACAAUUAUCGAUAUCCAAAGUCAGUUUUACGAUUUGUAGCAAGUCUCUCUAUACUAGCUGGGAGUUAUGUAUAUGAAUAUAUUCGUAUUAACUUUAAAUUUCUUUUACCAUCGAUUGAAACAGUUUAAAAUGGUUACAAAUUUAGUCCAUAUUCAGAAGUCGAAUUCAGAUUCGAUGAAUCCAAAAUUUAUCUUGAUUCUAUUCAUUGUCAAUUCGCUUUUUAAUCAGAAGAUUGUUCGGCUAUUAUUCCACGAAUUGAAUAUGAUUCAACCUUAAAUUGUUUUAACGGUUUUGUGACGCCUAUUGAUGGUGGUAAACCAGUUUAA